AUGUAUGCCCCCUUAGUAUAUGCUCACAAUUUUUGUGUAUCACCUAUAGAAAUAGUCUAUGCCCUGGAGAAACUCGGGACGAAGGUGAAAUGGCCGCCAAAGAUGAGGUCCGAUCCGAGCACUAGAAAAUCCGACGCCCUUCGCGAGUUCCACCAGGAGCGCGGAUACAAAAUAGAAGAUUGCAUCAGCCUCGGGCAAGAAGUUGUAGACAUGUUGCAGCAAGGACACCUCAAAGAGCUGCUGAGCGACAAGGGGAGAAAUAACUUCGCCCGAGGCGUGCAAGGACCGCCAAAGCCACCAUCACUAGCUCGUACUAUCAACAUGAUCAUCGGCGGCAGCGACGACGCCUCCAUUAACGACGUUAAAUUUACCACCACUCACAAACUCAAACAAUCUAUUACCCACGAACGGUAUGACGGACUCGAAGAAAGUAUCAUCUUCGACGAGUCAGAUGUCGACGGUUUGACUUUCCCUCAAAAUGAUGCUCUCGUCAUUACUUUGCGCAACUUAGAUACUGAUGUUAAACGUAUCAUGGUAGACGAUGGAAGAGGAGCAUACAUUAUCCAUCCUCGAGUCCUCACCCAUAUGAGACUCGAGGACAAGAAAGUGCCACGCUGCAUCACACUAACCAGGUUUAAUAAUGUAGUUGAACGAACCUCGAGAGAAAUUACACUCCCUGUCUUGGCCGGCGGCGUGACGCUGGAGACGACAUUCCACAUCAUGAACCAGGCUACUGCAUACAAUGCCAUAGUAGGACGACCAUGGAUACAUCCAAUGAGAGCCAUCCCUUCCAGCCUAUACCAAGUAAUCAAAUUCCCAACACCUUGGGGGAUAUUCAUCAUACGGGGAGAACAACGCACAUCCCGGGAGUGCUACCGCAUCGCCUAA